UCAUAUCUGUGAAAAGAAAAAAUAUGAAUGCAUAUAUUUAACUUAAUUUACCCUCCACGCAUUAGUUCGAUAUUUGGAUAAGACAACAUCACUGCCUUGACUAAAGCAGACACAAUGGGGAACGGUAAUUAUAAGUAUAAACGACCUCGUUCACAUAUUCGGCUUCUUCCCAGAGAGCCAUUACAAGAAAAGUUUAAUAUUCCAGAAGUUGAAAAUGGUUAUCCGGUGCCAAAGAACGCAUCUACACCAAAGAAAGAUAUUUACAACCCUAAAGACAAUAGGGAUAUCUACUUUCAUGCUUUAAAUGCGCCUAAAGAUAUAGAGAACUCCUGGGAUGACCUCGUGCAUUAUUUAACCUCUAUAUAUCGUACUGACAUGAUGAAAGUCCGAUCCAUCUUUUCCUGGCUAGGCGUGCAGGAAAUAGAAAGCGAGAACUACUUUUUUGUGCCAACACCAAACAACAUUGAUGAAAUAACUCCGCGGGGUUACAAAAAGAUCAUUCAGGACAGAGAAGGGUCAUAUGCAACCUUGUUUGCCCUCUUAUGCAGGAAAGCCGGUAUAAGGUGUGCAAUCAUCAACGGUUUAUCUAAGGGUUUUGGAUAUGAUGUUGGUGAAACGGACGUAUCUCACUUGAGGGAUAGGUGGAAUGCUGUGUACAUUGACGGCUGGCGUUUGAUACACCCGUUAUGGGCUUUCAAAAAUAUCAUUAGCUUUAAACGAGGGAAAUGGGGACCUGAGAAUGAACUUGAUAAGGUCAAAGUUGAGGAUAUUGAUGACGAGCAAGAAAAAGUCGUUCAGCACGAUUUUAACGAGUAUUAUUUUAUGGUUGAUCCACUGGAACUGAUAAAUGUAUGUUUGCCUGAUGAUGAAAGAUGGCAGAUGAUCACACCAAAGAUUUCGAAAGAUAAAUGGAUAAACAUUCCUUUUCUGAUGAAGAGGUACCACAUGGAAAAAUUUAAAAUCACAAGUGAGUUUAAGUCGACAAUUAAGUCAAAACAUGGCGUAUGUGGGCUCGUAAUUCACGCGCCAUCAAACAAAGAUAGGGACUACCAAUUAGCAUAUGAUCUUUUCUUUAAUUAUGCUGAACAAAAGGUUGAGCUGGAUGAUCCCAUUCAUUUGAACAGGUACGUGAUGUUGGCGAGAGAUAGUUCCAAAAAUAACUGGUCAUUGGAGGCAAGAAUGCCUGUUGCCGGAGUUUACAGAAUCACUGUCUAUGGUGGACCAAGUAUGAACUCAAAGCUGCCAUGGAUCUGCGAUGUUGCAGUUAAAUGUAACAAAACAUACAAGAAAAUAAAGCCGUAUCCAGACUGUCCUAAACUUGGUUUUGGUCCAGUGUAUAUGACAGAAAGAGCGGGACUCACUCAACCAUCUCACCCGAACGGAAUGCUUUUUGUAAAGCCAAGGUCGACCUACCAUAUCACCUUCAAACUUAAACAAUCAAUUAAAGAGAAAGCCAGAAUAAUCGGAGAAGGCGUAAAGGACAGUGAAAUGGAGAAAUGGGUCACAACAACCAUAAAUAACCAGUCGUCCUUAAGUAUUUUAGAUGUAGUUGUACAAUUAUUACACGAGGGAGAAUACGCGUUGAAGAUUUUCUCCAAACCAGCCAUUGAAAGAUCGAAAUCGACAUGGGAGAAUGUUUGCAACUAUUAUUUGAGUACUGAUCCACCUAGGGCAAAUGGAGUUGAAAUAAAAGAUAAAGGAUUUAAGACUGCAAAGGAAAUAAACGCACGGAAAGCUUUGCAAGAGGCCAGUAAAGGAAAGGACUUGCACGAACUGAAAGCAGCAGUGGCUGGGUUCGAGGAGGCAGGACUUUAUGAGGAGGACGGUUCAUUCGGUAAAGCCUCGGUAAAAAUGGAGUAUUUAGAGUUAGCAAAAGCUUUGAAAGAUGCUAUCAAUCGUCGAAACUUUGACCUUUUGACUAAAGCUAUAGACCAAGCAGAGCUAUCGGACCACGCCAUUAAGCUCGGUAACCUUAUAGAACAAGCCAAGGCUGAGCGAGAAAAGUUAGGACCAUUCAACAAGUACAUGCAUGAUGUGUUAGAAAUGAAACAAUCAACUAUUUCUGAACUGACAAGCUAUUCCUAUCCUACAGGGGUUAUAUUUGACAUUCUGAAAGCAACUUUGAUUCUAUUAGGAGAAAGUCCUCUAGAUAUACAGACAUGGGAGGCAACAAAAGCUAUAUUCAAACGCACCGGAAGUGGAAGUAUUAUGCGCAGAGUGCGGGCAUUUGAUGUGAGUAAGGUUUCAAACGAUAAAAUGAUAGAAGUUGGUUCUAUUAUCUCAAAAUAUGACGAUGACAGCGCACGAGCAGCGAGUGCCGGAGCCGGAACUUUCUAUAAAUGGAUUGACAGUGUUGUAAACGAAAGGACUGGUGGCGGAAGUGGGCUUCCGGAAAGUAUAGAAUAUGAAAGCACAUAAACUAGUCAAAUAGUUUUUGCAUUAUAACUUAUCAUGGCAAACAAAUAUUUCAUAUCGAAAUAUUUUUUACUGAUAAAUGGAUUGACGUUUAAAAAGAUUGGUUACGUGAUUGAUUGAUUGAUUGAUUGAUUGAUUGAUUAAUUGAUUGAUUGAUUGAACAAUUAUCUUUAAAAGGUUACAUAUAGUAUAGAACUAUUUGCUGGCUCUGGGGCAUAUUCAAAUAGAGGCUACGGCAGACUUAUUCCAAGUUUUUGUGUUAAUUGUUGACUAACCAAAACAAAGAUAAUAUACAGUGGAACAUGCUCGCAUAAUUAUGAGAUCAGACUCAGCUUUUGUUUUGUUUUUUCUGAAUACAUACAUUUUGAUAUAUCUGCUUCAGUAUUUGAUCUAAAAAAACAUCAGUCCAUGAAAUUAUAGUUUUUGCAUUUUUAUACGUUUUCACGUAUGCGCAUGAUAGAGUAUCUCACCAAUGAACUUUAAAAAUAUACUAUGCUCAAAUUUGAUAUGUGAAAAUAUUAUUAAUUGCUACACAGUCUUUUUGUAAAUAUAAAAUAAACAUAUUUUGAAUUCACACAAAGUAGUAAUGGUAUGCUUUAAAUCACACACACUA